GUGCGGGUCCCUACGACGUUCCGAACCACAACCAGGUUUAAUGGAUACCCAACAAUCUGAGAGUCAACUUGAUUACUUGAGGAAUUUCGUCCACGAUGAUAAAAACUGGGACGAGAUGACAUCAAACAAUCAAGAAUGGGAAGGCAUGUAUUGUCAAUUUCAAGGUGGAUUUAGUAGCGAGACUAACUCCAAUACGGCCUUUGGCUUGCCGUAUAAUCACACUAUGAAAAGGUUGGAAAGAACCCCCCUCCCUCCAAGGCGUUUGCGGCUCAGUGAUGUAGAAAAACAUAUAGAAAUUGGCAAUUCACCGCAGCUAUCAGGGACAGAUUCUAAUAAUGAGCUGAAAAGUGAAGCGGGCAACAAAGCAACCAAGUGGGCAACCGCUCAACAUUGCUGUUCUUCAAAAAAUCGGUUCUCCUAUAUCCUAACUACCAAACGCAUUCACCACAACUCCACUCUCCCCUCACUGGUCUAUGUUGCUAAAGCGUUGCUAGGCGUCGUGGUGCUUGUAAUGUUUGCCCAAGAUGUGCUGCUAUACCGAUACAGGCGCUGAAGAACAAUCUUGUGUUAAGCUGUUUCAUAUCAUGUAUCUCUCUUCUGUCUAACACAAGGCAGCCUUGUAUAACAAUAAUGGUAAUAAUGGGAGUGGGCCAUUAUGCCGGUGCCCAUCUUUGAACUUCAUUUCUCAAGAAGCUUUGUGAUGACCACAAGAACAAGUACCAAUGCAUCUGAGCUCACUCUGUGAUCAAUGCUGAAUUUGGUGGAAUCCCUAAUCUAAACAGUAACCGUCCAAGAAGUCAGAGUGAUGUGAUGACAAAUUAUAGGGUUCUUUUUGUUAAUAAUGAAAAUGAGAAAGAAAAGUACGGACAUCAAGAUGUUUUGAUGGCAAGGCGAGCUAUCUAGAUUCUGUCACUAACAGGUAGCUUCCUAAUCUCAAUCUAGAUUUUGAAUGAGCUAUUAGAUAUUUUCAAUCAUUCUCCUAGACCGAGAACUGUGGUUGGCAAACUGUUCUUGAUUAUUAUCCAAUAUCAAUACUAUGUUAUAAGCA